UAUCUUAUCAGACGAAUUCAUUUCUAACCAGAUUUCGUCAAAAUGGCAGCAGCUUUGAUGUGGACAAUAAUUUUCUCUCUCAUGGUCUCCUAUGGAUCACCGAAGACAAUCAGCAAACGCCGGCUAGAUAACUUUGCAGAGAUGAUUGGUGUUCAAGUCAAGAACCUUGACGCAGGUGACAUCAAUGGUUACGGGGGAUGGUGUGGAUUAGGUGGAAGUGGGGAGCCAAAGGAUGACAUUGAUAGAUGCUGUAUGCACCAUGACCAUUGCUAUGAACACAUCCGCAAAACAGUCUGCAAAUCACUUAAUCAUGCCAAAGUAUAUACAGAUGCUUACAUGUGGGCCUAUGAUGAUGGAGAGAUAAUAUGCAACGAUGAUCCAGAAAAAAAUGCCUGCAAAUCCAAGCUGUGUGGAUGUGACCGAGACGCAGUCAAUUGUUUUGCCAAAUACGCACACCAGUUCAACAUGACCUUUAAAUCAAAAGAUAAAAUCUCAACUAUGCUUGAAUACCUCAUCAAGGCCUACCUGAAUGAGGAAUGGGUGCCGCAGAGUGUGUGGACCGACUUGGAAGACUCGUGGGCCAAGUUGGAGACAGAGAAAUGGGACUUCAUCCAAGAACACGUCCCAGAAAAAUACUGGGGGACGUUGAGUAAGUUUUUGCCCAAGAAGUACAUCCCGGAGAGUGUAAAGGAAAAGCUGGGUCUGGGGGAAGGCGGGAAGGAGGAUGUUGGCGAUUUAGGUUCAGGGGAGAUACCAGAAGAGGAUACUGAAGAAGAGCACGAGUCACUUUGGACGAAAUUUAAGGACUGGGUAAAAGGCAUUAAAGAGAAAAUACAUGGGAAGCGCUAGUUAUCACCUCAUAUCCGUUUAUUCCACUUUACUCAUGAGUAAGCUCAGGUAUACACCCAGCUCAGCAUCAUAUUAUUUGCUGUCUUGCCCAUUUUCCUGACAAAAACUGUGAAUAAAUGAAAAAGAAACGUUUUAGUUUAA